AUGCGGUCCACACUUCUCGCUUCGCUGGCUUCGCUGUCGGCCAUUGGCGUCUAUGGCCAUCCCCACACCAGCCACAGCCAGAACGGACUUAGCAAGAGGGCCAUCAACCUCGAUGCUUUCCGUAUCAAGCAUGCUGCCCAGUACAUGAAUGUCACUGAGGUCCAGGAGGAUCCCACCAUCGAAUCCUCAAUCACCAAGCGUGCAACUGCUCAGGAAACUGCCGACGAAUUGGUCAAGGCUACUGUACCCGGUGCUACAUUCCGUCUUGCGGGAGACUCAUAUGUCGGUGACAAUGGCAUUGCCCACUUUUACUACAAGCAGACCGCCAACGGUCUGGACAUUGACUCGGCCGACUUCAACGUCAACGUCGGUCGUGAUGGCCGUAUCUUCUCGUUUGGAAACUCUUUCUACAAGGGCGAAAUCCCAGCACCACCACCAAGUCUGGGCAAGCGUGACUCUGCUGAGCCUGUAGAUGCCCUCAAGUCGGCCGUCAAGAUUCUCUCCCUUCCCGUGUCUGCCGACUUGGCUGCUGCUGAACCCCAGCAAGAAGCCAACACAUUCACCAUCAAGAAGACGAGCGGCUGUGUCAAGGACCCAGAAGCACGCCUUGUCUACCUUAUCAACCAAGAGGGCAAGCUCUCCCUCACCUGGAGGAUCGAGACCGACAUCCUGAGCAACUGGCUUCUCACCUACGUAGACGCAGAGACCGGCGACAAGGUCCAUGCUGCCGUUGACUACUCUGCCGAUGCCACCUACAAUGUCUACCCCUGGGGUAUCACUAGCCCAGACGAGGGAAGCCGAAAGCUUAUCAAGGAUCCCGAGUACAAGCCGGCCAGUGAAUUUGGAUGGCACAGUGACGGUACGACCACGUACAAAACAACCCGUGGUAACAACGCAGUUGCACACACCAACUGGAACAACCAACAAAGCAACCUUAUCACUCUGCCACGUCCCAACGUACCCAAUGACAUCUACGAUUUCGCCUACUCACCUGCUACCUCGGACUGGAAGUCCUACGGUAAUGCCUCAAUCACCCAGCUCUACUACACUUCGAACAAGUACCACGAUCUCCUCCACGUACUAGGCUUCAACGAGAAAGCUGGUAACUUUGAGGCUAACAACAACGGCGCUGGUGGCCUCGGUGCCGACUUUGUCUACCUCAACGCUCAAGACGGAGACAGGACCGACAACGCAAACUUUGCUACACCACCAGAUGGCCAAGCCCCACGCAUGCGCAUGUACAUGUUCACCUCCACCACACCCUGGCGCGACUGCUCCUUUGAUGCCGGUGUCGUUAUCCACGAGUACACGCACGGCCUCUCCAACCGUCUGACCGGUGGCCCAGCCAACUCAGCCUGCCUCAGUCUGUUCGAAUCUGGUGGCAUGGGCGAAGGCUGGAGCGACGCCUACGCAACCGCCAUCCGCCUCAAGGCCAAGGACACCCGCGCCACCAACUACCCAAUCGGCGAAUGGGUCACUGGCAAGCCCGAAGGCAUCCGCCGCGCCCUCUACUCGACCAGUAUGACCGUCAACCCCCAGGUCUACUCUGACAGCGAUAGCGCCACCGCCGUCCACCAAAUCGGCAACAUCUGGGCCUCAAUGCUCUACGAAGUCCUCUGGAACCUCAUUGACAAGCACGGCAAGAACGACGCCGACCUCCCCACCUUUAACGCAAAGGGCGUCCCCACCGACGGCAAGUACCUCGCCAUGAAGCUCUGGCUCGACGGAAUGGCCCUCCAGCCCUGCAACCCUACCUUUGUCUCUGCCCGAGACGCCAUCCUCGAUGCCGACAAGGCGCUCACCGGUGGCGAGAACCAGUGUGAAAUCUGGAAGGGUUUCGCCAAGCGCGGUCUCGGUCAGGGUGCUAUUUACAACGCUACCAAGCGCACAAACAGCUUCGUUGUUCCUACCGGUGUGUGCAAAUAA